AUAUCGAUGCCGAAUCUAUCGUUCUUGCGUCUUUCAUGGUUUUUCGUGAAAAGAUUUUCAACACGUAGCAUUGCAUUGCGUUGUAAUUGAUUAAAUAUUGCUGAUAUCUCAUCAAAAUGGAGAAAUGCAUGUAUCACAAUAACUAACAACGUUAAAUAUAUUCUAUAAACUUGAUAAAGUUACGCGUUUCAACGAAAUUCAAGUAUUUCCAAUAACUAUUGGCAUCAGGUAUAUCUUUCAAUCAUGGCUAAUGUUAAUGCGAGAGCAUUCUUCGACAUCGAAGUGGGUGGACUGCCCAUGGGCAGAGUAGUCUUUGAGCUUUUCUCGGAUGUCUGUCCUAUAACAUGCGAAAACUUUCGCUCUUUGUGUACUGGAGAAAAGGGACUUGGAAAAACAACAAGCAAACCAUUGCAUUAUAAAGGCAUUGUAUUUCAUAGAGUUGUAAAGGAUUUUAUGAUUCAAGGUGGAGAUUUUUCAGUAGGUAAUGGAACAGGUGGCGAAUCAAUUUAUGGCGGGACAUUUGCAGAUGAAAACUUUAUUAUGAAACAUAAUAAGCCAUUUUUAUUAUCAAUGGCAAAUCGUGGUAGAGAUACUAAUGGAUCACAGUUUUUUAUUCGUGAGGGAAGGUUUUAUUUUGUUUUUAGUGUCCAUGUGGUUUUUGGAGAAGUAGUGUCUGGGCAAGAAAUCGUUACACAUAUUGAAGGACUCCCCGUAGACCGUAUGUCACGUCCAUUGCAAGAUGCCAAGGUUGUAAACUGUGGCGAAUUGGUUUUGAAGAUCAAAAAUAAAGCGAAAAAACGAGAAGCAAAACAAAGUAGUUCAGCGGAUUCCGACUCUGAUUCUUACACCGACAAGGCAAAGAAGAAAAAGAAGAGCAAGAAGAGCAAAAAAAGAACGAGGUCGGAAGACGGCGAAAUACGAGAUUCUAACGAAGAGGACAGCGGACAACCUCAUCCGCUAGUGUCUGUUACCAAAAUUGAUCCCGAUGAAAUUCCGGAAGUACCAGCAAACAAAUUUUUAUAUAGAGCAGGAUCGACUAAUAAUGCAAAUCAAAAGGAAUUUAGACAGCAUUACGGAAGAGAUCGUAUACGAUCUCAUCGGAAGACUGGUCGUAUUUUUAAGGGUAGAGGAAUAUUUAGAUAUCAUACUCCUUCUCGGAGUCGUUCCAGAAGUGUAACACCACCUCAUUGGAAGCAAGCUCAAAACCGUACUAUUAAAUUGCACGAAUUUCAGAAAAUAGAAAAAGAACGUCUCAAGAAGGAAGAAGAGUUCAAACAACGCGACGAUGACAAAGUCAAAAAGUUUGGAGAUAAUUCUGAUGAUAACAAUCAAGUGCCAGAUAAUCUAGAUAAUAUAUACACGACGGAGUUACUGGAGAACAAAGAAAACGAUCAGACAGAUGAGACAGCAGCUAUGAAUAAAGUACAGGAUGAUAAUGCGAAAAGAAAUAUAGAAGGGAGUGACGUUGUUACGCCGAACAAAGAUGACAUGAAGCACAGUAAAAACGAGAGAUCAUUCAGACGUGACACCAAUCGAUCCUACAAUGAUAGAAAUUCCCGGCGUAAUUCAAGAGACAGGAGCAGGAGACGUGGACGCUCUCGAUCGAGGGAUCGCCGACGAUCUAGAGAGAGAGACUACGAUCGUGACAGAAGAAAUCGGAGAAAUUAUUCUCCCCGUCGACGAGACUCUUACAGAGGUAAUCGAUACGGAAGAGAUAAUUACAGGCACUAUGACAAGCGCAACGACAGACGUGUGAAUAACUCUAAUUCCCACCAGGACAACGAAAUCAACUCCCGCUACGAAAAAAACAAGAAUAAGAGAAACGACAACAUAUCUGAUUCGAGCCAGCCGAAGUUUAAGCGCCGCUCGCGAUCAAGCAGCUCUAGCAGCCAACACUCCAAAGAUUAAUCUCUCACGUUCUUUCUUUCCAUCGUUCACUGUCGAGCACGAGAAAAAUUAUACUAUUAUGCUAUCGAUAAAAUCACGUGUUAUUAAUUUGUGAAUUUAUGGCUAUGGCAAUGCUGGAAACGGUAGUUACUUCUUUUCGAUCACUUAUUUGUGAUUAGUGCACAUGUUCUAUCAUUGAAAUGUAUAAUAAGAGAUUUACAUUCGAACACUCUUAUAUAUGGGAGUAUUUAUACUUCAAAUUUGCUCUACCUCUUUACUGAAACUAUUCGUGUUGAAUCGAAUGUUGGAUGUUGCUUAAACAAGAUUCUUGAAAUAUUUUUCUCUUGAACAUUUCUAAUAUUCUUUUCAGAUUUCAAAUCAUUCUAUUUUACAUAACUAGCUAGGUUACGACCGAAUUGGAUCUUGAAUUAGUGAUGAAAAAAAAUCAAUGGUCAAAAAAUUAUUCUUCAAGUAAUAUUUUAUAUACAGAGCUCAUAUAAAGUUGUAAUAAAUAAAUUGCUUGUACCCCUAUUUAUGCGAAUAUCCGUAACAAUUGUUAUCUGUUAGCGAGAAGAAUUUUUUUCUAAUCCAACGACGCUAUCUAAUGUAUUGAAUUCCAUUGUAUGAAUUGAUUCAUUGAUAACAGUAACAUGAUGCUUAGAAAUAAAGAUAAGUGAUAUCAAUAAG